AAGGGAAAAGGCGGGUAAAAAUUAGUGUGUGCGAGAGCGAUGGACAUGAAAUAUCGCAAUCAGCGCUAACCGUCUCGUCUUUCUUCAUUCCCAACUCCUUCCAAAACAAAUACCAAUAACAUUCAUUCAACAUUCUCUCUCUCUCUCUGCAACCGUUACUUACAUACAUAUAGCGAUUCCUUUCUCUUCUGAAGAAGAAGAAUAAUCAUAAUUUUGAUUUUCUUUAAACUUAUUCCAAAAUGCAUUUCACAAAUCUCGAUGACACUCCUAUGUUCCGUCAACAGCUCCAAUGCUUGGAGGAAAGUGCUGAAUCAUUACGCCUUAGAAGCACCAAGUUCUACAAAGGAUGUCGAAAGUAUACGGAAGGGCUUGGAGAGGCUUAUGAUGGAGAGAUCGCAUUUGUAAGCUCCCUUGAAAGUUUUGGAGGAGGGCAUAAUGAUCCUCAUUUCGUUGCUUUGGGAGGACCUGUAAUGAACAAAUUUACCAUUGCUUUGAGAGAAAUCAGUACAUACAAGGAACUUCUUAGGUCGCAGGUAGAGCACAUGAUUGAUGACCGGUUACUACAAAUUGUCAAUAUUGACAUCAAUGAAGUCAAGGAAGCUCGUAAGCGUUUUGAUAAAGCUUCCCUUGUAUAUGACCAGGCACGUGAAAAGUUUAUGUCACUGAGAAAAAGCACUAAGAUUGAUAUUGCCACCGUCGUAGAAGAGGAAUUGAAGAAUGCAAGAACAUCGUUUGAGGAAGCCCGUUUCAGUCUGGUUGGUUCUCUUAAUAACAUUGAGGUCAAGAAGAGAUUUGAGUUUUUAGAGGUUGUUACUGGAAUUAUGGAUGCCCAUCUUCGAUACUUUCAACAGGGAUAUCAGCUACUACAUGAGAUGGAACCUUUCAUUAGCGAGGUUUUGGAUUAUGUACAACAGUCAAAAGAAAGUUUCGAUAAGGACCAGAUAUUACUUUAUAAAAGAAUGCAGGAAUACAAGAAACAGGUUUAUCAAGAAAGUAGGCUGUCCUUGAAUGGCCCGAAUGGUUCUCCUACUGGAGACUCUGUGCAACCUUUUUCUAGGAUAUCACCUGAAGUAGUAGAUGUAAUAAAGGAAUCUGCCGCAAAUGGAAAGGUUCAAAUCAUUCGACAAGGAUAUCUUUCAAAGCGAUCUUCCAAUUUGAGAGGUGACUGGAAAAGAAGGUAUUUUGUUCUUGAUAGCCGAGGAAUGUUGUAUUACUACCGCAAACCAUGGAGUGUGUCAUAUGACAAUGAUCAACCAUCUCCAAGAAAGAAUGCCGCUGAAAAUGGUUCUGGGUUUCUGAGUCGAUGGCUUUCUUCUCAUUACCAUGGGGGUGUCCAUGAUGAAAAAUCUGUAGCACGUCAUACAGUAAAUCUGCUGACAUCAACUAUAAAGGUUGAUGCUGAUCAGUUAGAUUUAAGAUUUUGCUUCAGAAUAAUUUCGCCAUCAAAGAGCUAUACAUUGCAGGCAGAAAAUGCAGUGGACCAGAUGGAGUGGAUGGAAAAGAUAAAUGGAGUAAUUGCCUCCUUGUUGAGUGUCCAGACCCUAGGAUCACCUCCCUCAGCUGACUCAGAAAACGGUGACUCUUGCUCAAUCGACAAGAAUGAUAUGUUAGAAAGUUCUCCAGAUGAUGACCGCACUGAGGUCGUAAAGUCUGGAUCCAAAAGUAACCACUUACGUUUAUCUAAAAGUAUGCAGUUGCAAAAACGCAGUAUAAAAAAUGAAAAACCUAUUGAUGUUCUUAGAAAGGUGAGCGGGAAUGACAAAUGUGCUGAUUGUGGUAAGCCUGAACCAGACUGGGCAUCUCUAAACCUCGGCAUCCUUAUAUGCAUUGAAUGCUCCGGUGUUCAUCGUAAUCUUGGGGUGCAUAUAUCAAAAGUAAGAUCACUGACACUUGAUGUGAAAGUAUGGGACCACUCUGUCUUAAGUAUGUUCGAGUCUCUGGGCAAUAAUUUUGCAAACUCAGUUUGGGAGGAGCUGUUAUGUUCAGAGAGUACUUUGCAAGAUGAUGACACUCAUGUUGGUUCAUCCAAGGAAAAUAGAGACAACCUAUUUCAUGCAAGAAAACCAAAACAUGAUGAUUCUAAUCCAUUAAAGGAAAAGUUCAUUCACGCAAAGUAUGCUGAGAAAAUAUUUAUUUGCCGGAAAGACAAAACCCCUGCACAACAAAUGUUGGAAAGCAUCUGUGCUAAUGACAAGAAGGCAGUGUACCAGCACAUUGUCAAGUCAGAAAUGGAUGUCAAUGCCAUCAGUAAGCAAGCAUUUUCUGGUAACUCUUCCAACAUAGCUUCUUUGAUUAAUUUCAAAAAAUCAUCUGAAAGUGAGAAUCAGUUGAUUGAGGACAUACAAGAUGGUUCUAGUGUGCUUCACCUGGCUUGCUUAACAAGUGACGCUGGCAUGGUGGAUCUUCUUCUACAGCAUGGGGCAGAUGUAAAUGCUUGUGAUUCAAGAAGUUGGACACCACUACAUUACUGUAUUACCAGAGGGAAGCCCGCAGCUGCUAAAGUGCUUCUUCUGAGGGGGGCCAAUCCACAUUUAGCUGAUAAAGAAGGCAACACUCCUCUUAAGCUUGCAAUCGAAUCCAGCUGUGUUGGCAAUGAAAUUCUCACUCUCUUGGCAAGAUGACAGUGUCCCUGAAAACCAGUGGUUAGUUGUUAGCAACCUGCAUGGAGAGAAGAAUGGGGCUGAAGUUGGUGGGGUUGGUUUUAUUGGGUCAUGUUGUAAUGUAUAUAGCAACUAUAUUAUUAAUUUAAGGAUGUGAUGGGCUGAUUAUGGGACUUCCCAUCUAUACAGCGUUCAAUUUUGCAGCCACCAUCCUCUAUAUAUAUUUGUGGGACCAUGAUCAUGGUCAUAGUUAACAAUGACUGUACAGUACUUUGAUAAAGAAAAAGGGACUGUAUGUAGUCGUUACUUUACAAGGUGUUGGUUCCUCCUCCUUGAAAAUCAUUUUUUUAUUUUUUUAUUUUUGGUCAAGAAAAUCAUUUUAUUUUUAUUCAUAAUUAUAAAUUUUCAUGGAUUCUUGUAAUACAUGGUAAAAAUGCCUUGGUUAUCACCAUUUUGUAUAACUUUUAAAAAUCAGGGGAAUUACUUAAUUGGGCACAAUCAUAAAUUUGAGGUGUUAAGCACACACACAUGAAGAAAAAAAAAUUAAUAAAAAA